UCCAAAUUGCUUUGGUUGUCAGAAAGAAGAGUGAUAUGAGGAGAAGAGGAUUAAAUACACUUAUUUAAUUCAAUUUACAUUAUAAAGAAGACCAAUACGUCUGUGUUUGUCCUUCAGGAUGAUGGAGAAGAUGAGCGAGGAGAACAUUGAGGAGGUGCUGGAAACCCAGAUCGAGCAGCUCCAGGCUGAAGUUGAAGACUUGCAGCAGCAACAGCAGGACAACCACAAGGACAUAUUGUUCAACUUCAGAGGACAUAUGCAGGAUGCAAUGUCGUAUAUCUGUGGACAGAAACAUGGAGCAGAGAAAGAGAAGGUGCUGUCCAGGCUGAAGGAGGAGGUGGAGGAGAUGGAGGAGGAUCUGAAGCUGCAGACACGGAUGAAUGGCAUCAGUCUAAAAAGCUGCACCACAAAGACUCUGAAAAAAAGUGAGCAGAAGCUGAUCCAGCAGCUCUGUGUAUCGGGUGUCUGCUCUGAUCUGGUGUUCCAGGUGGAGUUCCUGCUCUCUGCAGUCAAGAAGGGUGAGCAAUUGAAGAAGACCAUCAGUGAUCUGAAUGUGGUGAUCGAUGCCAGCGAACUGCAGACAUUUAGCAGUUUCCUCUCUGGGGUGGAGGAGAGCAGGGACCUUCUGCUGUUCUUCAGGACUCUCAGGACCUUCUCAGACAGAUGUGAGGACCGGCGCAGAACCUUCCAACACUUCCAGGAGAAGUAUCCCUCCGUCGUCUCUCUUCCUGCAGGCAGCGGCUCAGAGGUCAUGACCCUGAAUCACCCCGAGCUUCCUGGCUGUGUCUUGAUCCUGCAUUGGUCAGUGGAGGUCUGUAGAGAGGGAGGAGUUACUCCAAAGAUGGAGCUGCUGACAAAGAUCCCUGAGAAAGCCCUGAAGCUGUUUCCCUCUCAGGCGGUAGGGGGCGCUGCGGAGGCCUUCCAGAGCCUGCUGAGGGUUCUGGGAUUCGAAGCCGCCAUAGAGGCCGUCAUCAUGGCGGUCAGCCUUUCACCGGACACAUAACUCACACCUUCACCACAAUGA